GGCGGGCAAAGUCUACGCCAGGGCGGACGACAGAGAAGGAGAUUUGGCGGGGCGCUUAGGUGCGCCUGUCCCUAGAAUGGACAACAUGAGGUUUGCACGCUGCGAUCCAAAGCAUUCUGGAAAUCAAAGCGACUGCUUCUGUGGUUUCUGGGAAAAUAAAUCCGCGCUUAUCAUUGUUCGUUUACCUCAACAACACCAGAUACCCAUUCGUCCGGCUUCGCUGUCUUCCGUUCAUUGGGCCAAUGUGACCGGAGAGUCACUGGCAGGCGUAAUGCCUUACCUGCGUUCCGCAUCUCGGGGUUUACGGACGGCUAUGCAUAUGGACUAAAUGUGGUCGCUUGCGUACAGUAUCUCUCGGUUCGUGUUGUGGGCGUUGAAUUCCACUCUUGUUCAAGGCCAUCAUUCGGGGGUGGAUUGCAAUUUCACAGCUCGACGUGGCCCAGAAUCCAAAAGACCGUUCCUUCGACUAACUCCCCCAUUUCUGGAACGCUGGACAGCAUCUGACAGUAAUUGCUCUCCUGGUAUAUAAAGAUCGUGUCUCAAGCUGAUCUCUCCCCACUGCAGCUCAGACAGCGGGUACACUGUUCGGUAUACCUCCCAAUCGUCACCUGCUAGUGACCCAUACCUCUUUACGCCGUAUACCCUGUUAACGAUCACGACCCUUUGCGAUGCCUUCUGUCUUCCGAAACAUCUUUGGUGGUUCCAACCACAACCAGCCUUCAUCUGGCUCACGCUCUUCCUCCAAGUCUCACAGUCAUUCUCAUUCCGGUUCUCACAUCUACACGUCUUCAUCUCCGUCUGCUAAUCCCAAUGUUCAACGAAGCCAAAGUUACUCAGCAACUCGCGCGACAGCUCCCUCACCACUUCGGUUUGCAACAGGCACCGAUACAAGGACAGCUUAUGGCUACGGACGUCGAGCCCAAAGUUACAACUCCCGUACGCCUUCCGAAUCUCGUCCGCAGGUACUCAGAAGAACAAGCCACAACUCACGUGAGACUGGAUCUCAUGUGCAUUCAUCUUCUCAUCACACUCCUACCAGCUCACGCUCGAACUCGAAUUCCUCGAUGUUCACUAGCAUGGGCUCGGUUCCCUUUAUGUCUUCGCAUUCGGAAAGUGGUCACCACCAUGGUUCCCAUCAUGGUGUCCGGCCACCAUUGAGGUCUAACCACACAUGGCACCCCGGCAGUAGUGCAGGGAGUGCUUCUUCUCUUGGCUCAUCGCAUGCUCAUUCUUCUUAUUCACACGCUUCCUAUGCCCAGCCUCGUCAGGGUCCCCUCCAUAUGCAUCCUCUUCUGGCACACUCACGGCUUCAUCGCGCACCUAUAACAUACGAUGUUAUGUUCACACCCUCGGCCCGCAGUGUCCUCGACCGAGCAACCCAUUCUCCUAUUCCUUCUGUUACGCUCUCGCAACCAGCAACCGAUCCUGCAAUUUCGUCCUCCUCACGCCUUGUGCUUCGUUCACACAAGUUCCCCUGGCCCGUCAUCGUCGGACCAUCUGGUCCUCGCUUCACGAUCGGCCCUUCAAAGCACAGUCGCAGUGAUGUCAGCGCUAUUACGAACUUGGACGUCCUCUAUGCUGUUCAUACUACGUUGUUGACACCCGUCACUCCUGAGGAAUGGGAGUCUUUGGGUCAUGGUAGUCGUGCACAGCACAAGGUCACUAAGGCGUAUGAGAAGCGAUGCACUCGGAUGGGUGGGGGUUGGGAGGGCGGUGUGAGGCGGAUUGAUUGGCUUGGUUCGAAGACGAGACUCGUUGGCGUCGAAGUCGAUAAAAGUUCUGGACGCGGCGGUGUUGGAAAAUUGGUCUUUGGAAAGGCCUAAGAGACAAUCAGUGCCUCUUCCCUCGCUCGUAAAGCGCUGUACUAUUCACGGACUGCAUUUGUUUUGGGUUUUUGUUGGUUUUUGUCGACGCUCACUCGCGGUGCGAGUGUAUUCUAAAAAUGUUUGCGUCUUUGGUUGCUCUGAUUGCUAUCCUGUUGUUGUUCUUUCUCUGAUACCCUCGCACGAUGUACUAUUAUCGCGGACACUUGACCUGCGACGGUGUAUUCUAGUGUAUCUUACUCAGCGUUUCUUCCUAUGCAAUAUGUAGCCUAUGUCAUCGUCUUCCUCGUCCUUGUAUGCGUACCAAACUUAUGUCUAGCACUAUUCAAGCUGUAUGGAUCCAUGAGGGACUGGAUUGAAUAAACAUUGAUUUAUGAU